AAUCAACAACAGUGCAAGGAACCAAGCCAGAAGCUGAGGACAGCUCCACUCCUGAGUGGGAGGCAGUGUGGUGUAGCGACGGGAAGUGGUUUGGCUGAAAUGGUGCGAGUCAUUGUAAAGGAAGAACUUGGUAAGAUUGUUCGUGCGGAGUUGCGCAAGGUCCUCCAAGCAGCCAUGAAUGAAGCUCUGUCUAACUCAGUGGGCGAUUUCGGCAUGGCUGUGGCUGGUUGCGAUGCCAACAGGUUUCCGUGUGAAGUAAACAAUAGCAAAGCCACCCACUCCGCAGAUCGUCAGGAUUGCGUGGAAAGCCAAAGAUACCAGAGUUCGGAUCGAAAUAUGCAGGGGGCUUUCUGA